AUGACUGAACAUAGAUCCCUUACGGAUCUAAAAUUCGACGACCUUCCAGAUCCUAAAAGAGUAUGGGUUGGGCGACCGGGUAGCCACGAGGAGGGCCUCGGGCGACUCGCUCUGCUGACGGAAGAACGUGUCCGUAACGCAGCAGCUCGGGAAAUCCGAACCGGCCGGCGUAUCGGGUUGAACUGGGACGUUAGGAAAUUGGAGUUUCCAAAUAUCGGAAGAACUCCUUUCGACCACCAGAUAACGCCGAUUUUAGGUGGCAUUGCCUUUGACGAUAUUUACACGAUGAAUCCUCAGCAAAGCAGUCAGUGGGAUGGUCUACGCCAUUGGAGCGCCAGGCCACCCGGCGAAGACGAUCAGCAGGAACGCGUAUUCUACGGCGGAACUACUAAGAAAGAGAUACUCGACAGAUCGAAUGAUCGCAUAGGUAUCCAACAUUGGGCCCACGAGGGUAUCACCGGCCGCGGUGUACUUAUCGAUUACGUGUCGUGGGCGCAGAAGAAAGGGAUCCAGUACUCCACGUUUUCUAACCAUACCAUCAAGCUUCAGGACAUGCUCGAUAUAGCCCACGAGCACGACAUCGCGUUCGAAAGAGGGGAUAUAUUACUCGUACGGAGCGGCGUUAUUAGAGAGUGGGAGGACAAGAUGGACGUCGCGGCUAAGAGGGCCUACUCUUCGUCGCUUUCACCGAAGCAUGCGGGGGUAGAGGCGACGUCGGAAGUGUUAAAAUGGCUAUGGGAUACUGGAUUCGCUGCCGUCGCUGGUGACGCUUUAUCGUGGGAAGUAUAUCCUCCACAGGGGGAUAUGUUUCUUCACGAUAUCCUCCUUGCUGGGUGGGGUAUGCCUAUUGGCGAGUUGUUUGACUUGGAGAGGCUGUCUGAGAUGUGUAAGGAGCUGAAUCGGUGGUCCUUUUUCUUCACCUCUAUGCCCCUUAAUAUGCCCGGUGGUGUAUCGUCACCACCGAACGCACAAGCGAUAUUCUAA